UCACGUGACAGGGCUGAGCAUCUCUUUCUGCGGAUGAUCGUAAGCAGCUCCCUGCAAGCCAAUACAAUGACCAAACUGCAGUUUCUAAACGUCUUCCUGACCGAGCGCCUCAUGCUUGCUGCGCAGGAGAUUUACAAGUCCGUGGAAGACACUAUUCUGGAGUACCAGGAGGAGAUCCAGAUCCGGGAGAGAGAGAACGACCAUCUGAGGCGGAGACUGAGGGACGCCGGGAUCGAGAUAUGGCCAGAUCGUCCGUCCAUGGCGCUAUUGGAAGAGGAGGAUGGUGAGCAUCCACGUCGUGAGUGGAGUCCCAGUAUGGGACAUGAGGAGCGUAUUCCCAUUCAAAUCAAGGACAAACGGGAUCCGCGGGCCAACCAAGGAGAUAAUCAGCUUCGGGGCCAUGGCUCUUGUAGCACACCAGAGAAUAUGUUCACUCCUCCCCGCGUAGCAAAUGAAUACCCUCAGGAGGGUCCCCACACAUCCAGUCUUCCUCAGAGUCAAGGUGUUGAGAACAGGGAAAGGGAUCCUGGAUCUCGAUGUCCCCCAAGGCAUGUGAAGGCAGAGAGUGGAUGCGGCCACAGAGGCUCUGCUUCAUCCAGCAGUGGCACCCAGCCUCUUGCACCAGUCAAUCCAAACUGCUCAAACGAGAACAAUAUUGACAUUAUUGGGGUAGAGAAUGGAGGACAGAUGGUUGGUGCGAAGGGAGCAGUUGGAGGACCUAACAGGGCUCACAACUCUCUCAUGCGGAGCCAAGGGGCCAAUGCUGUGGACUGCCCUCAUCAAAAAUCCCCCCUACAGGGCCACGUGUCGUCUUUCUGUUGCAAAGUUUGUGGGGAGUCAUUUAGUCAUAUUGGUCAUUUGCACGUGCAUGUACAAGUGCACACUCGAGAAAAACCUUACCGCUGUGGAGUAUGUGGAAAAUGCUGUAGCUCCUCCGGCAGACUUCAGGAGCACCAGCGGAGCCACACAGGAGAAAAACCAUUCCGCUGCCAGAUAUGUGGAAAGGGAUUCACACAGAUGGCUCACCUGAAGGUCCACAUGAGGAUUCAUACCGGGGAGAAGCCGUACAGCUGCCCAGUGUGUGGCAAGUGCUUCAGCCGCUCUGACAAAAUCAAAAGACAUCUUCAGACCCACAGCCGUGACGGAACCUACUUCUCAGGGCAAUGAUACAAGUGGGUUGUUUUUAACAACCCAGUUUGUGAUUCACAUCGAUGUAUGGAAACUCUUCCAUUAAAAAGCUGAAAUUGCUGCCAUUGACAAGGCUUUUCUUUCUACUUUCCAAGAACAAGGGAAUCUGCAACUCUCAAAGAACUUCUUUUUGUAACGUUUUUUAAGUCUAACCUAAUAUUUCUAAGUCCCUAAAUAGAAUUUGUAUUAGCCAGUUUAGUGUGUCAUUUACUGAAUUUUGUAGCUGUCACCAUGUAUAACAUCUGCAAGAAAAUUUAGUUAUCUACCGUUUUUGAAUUAUCUAGGCUUUUGUAGUCAUAAUUAGCACGAGGUCUUCCGCACAUGCCUUGGAACAAAGAUAAAUCAAUUUAAGAUCUUCAGUCUUGACAUUAAUUUUGUGAUCAUUGGCACAAAUGAACCUUUUAUCACAGUGCUGGAAACCUGGCAAAUAGAGGCUGUCUAUAAUCUGACUUGUUCUUACACUUCCAGUGGUGUUUCUCCUAUUUGAGAAUUUAAACCACCUCAAACUCUGGACCUGAUUGGUGAGCAACAAGACAAGAUUAAUAAAUGCAAAUGCAGGUUGUUUUUUUUUGUUGCAAAAGGAAGCUAUCUUUUGGCCUGUAUGACAUUAGAUUUAAAAUACUCACCAAAAUCUGAACAAAAACUAACCCCUGCAUACAAAGGGUAUGUUGCCAUGCCGAUUAACAAAGACAGUCCAUUUUGGAAUCGAAAAUGUAGUUUAGUUUAUUCAUCCACAUAAAUAAAAUCUGUUUUCGGGAACACCGUCAUGGACAGAUCACAAUGGUAACUCAUGCUAAAUGAUAAACCAGUUUCAGACUAAACUACAGUAUGUGCCACCCUCACCUUGUCUUUUCCCUUUUGAUAUUUCAUAUGGAAAAACCCAGUACAUUGUAGACAUAUGAAUGUCAGAAGUAUCUGAAUCUGUGGCCCCCUGUAGACCUGUCUUUAACAUGCAUCCAUGCCAAAACUGUGUUCAAACAUCAAAAAGAAUUUGGCCACUAUUGUCCCAGACCACAUCCAGAUGCGUCCUAAGUGAUUGUGUUUAGUGUUGGUUACUUGUAAUGGAAUUUCCUGGAACACAUUUUAAUGCCAGAUGUGACCAGUCUAUGUUGAUGCCCGACAC